AUCACGCCCCUUCGUUCCCAAAUCUGAUGGGAUUUGCAGUCUCGUCGUCUCUGUGAAGGAAUAGACGAAACGAAUUUGCGAUUGGCGCCCCUGAUUCUGCCACCUCCUAUUGGAAUUUAGAAGCAGCGCCUCCUACUCCUACGGACUCGACUCAUCACACAGGAAAGGCCAAAAAAAAAUGAGUAGGUAUGGGUUGAACCUUAGGCCGCAGCAGAAGAAGCAACCGACAAGGCCUCCUCUCCCUAAACCUCUCGGUUUUGGCGAUGAUGAUGACAAUGACGUUGAGAAAGAAAUUUCUCGCCAGGCUUCCAAGAACAAGUCUCUCAAGGAUAUUGAGGAGCAGCAGAGGAAGGCGCUGGAGCAGGACCCAUCGGUGUUUGACUACGAUGGAGUUUAUGACGAGAUGAAACAGAAAGCUAUCCAACCUCGUGCUCAAGAUCGUGAAGAGAGAAAGCCAAGAUAUAUUCAGUAUUUAAUGAAAAAAGCAGAAGAACGAAACCGAGAGCAUGAAAUAGUAUAUGAGAGAAAACUUGCUAAAGAAAGAACCCAAGAGGAUCACCUCUAUGCAGACAAGGACAAAUUUGUUACAAGUGCUUACAAAAGGAAACUUGCAGAGCAGGCAAAAUGGAUGGAGGAAGAACGACUACGUCAACUUGGUGAGGAGAAAGAUGAUGUUACCAAGAAGAAAGACUUGACUGAGUUUUACUUCAACCUUGGAAAAAAUGUUGCUUUUGGGGCAGAAGAUGCCAAGUCAAGGAAGCUAGCGAAGCAGGCUGAAUUAAGCAAGCUAGAGAAACAUGAAGACAGACCAAUUGCUGUAGCAUCGGAGCCAUUGGAGUCUGAAAGUUUGAAAGUGGGGCAGCUAGAGAAGCAAGUCGAAAUGGACAAGCCAGACAGAGCAAUUGCUGCAGCAUCAGAGCUAGUAGAUUCUCCCGAUGUGAUAGAGGGGCAUCAAGAGGAAACUUUAACUAUUUCUAAAAGUAGUGUUGAGCCCUCUGAUGAAAAGCAAGCUUCAAACACGUUGGCACAGGAAAACUCGUCAGUUGAACAGCCACCAGAAAACCAACCAAAGAGUAACCAUCAUAAAAGAAGCGAAGAUGCCCUAACUGCAGCGAAAGAACGCUAUCUGGCGAGGAAAAGAGCUAAAGAACAGUGAAUAAAUUUCUGCUUGUCGUAAAAGUUUGUAAAAACUAACAGAAAAUUAAUGUUUCCACCCCUUGUCGUACAGGGAUGCGAUUUGGGAUCAGAUAAUUUAUUCUUAUUAGUACUGGUGGCCAUGUUUAAGUUUUAUUGUGCUUC